AUGCCUGGAGCUCAGGGUGAAUUUUGUCAAGAGCUCACUGUCCCCCAGCCGACGGAUAUCGUUUCUGGGAACAGUACAUUCCAGAAGCUGCUGGGUCUUAUGGCGGCGGCAUCACCGGUGCUGGAGCUCGGGCUGCUACAUGGACUUCAAGGAUGGGAGAUUGUACAGAAUGGAGCUGACCACUGGGCAACCGAGUUGAACAGAAUACCAUUGCCAGACAACACAGUCACCAAAUGUUUUGUAACAUCUAAUAGUCAAUGUUUUAAGGAGCAGCUGAUUGAUCUGAAGAAGGAAGGCUACAGUGAUGCUUUGAUGGAUCAACUGCGACCUCAUAUCAAAAUAUCAGACUGGUAUACCCCACUCUCGGAUUAUGAAAGUCAGUAUCAGUUGUCUGUAGAUUUGCUUGAUCAGGAGAAGAAUCCCAUCAGUAUCUAUCAUCCUUAUAAAAUUUUCUUUCAAAGUGGGAACGAUUAUCCAUGGUGUCAAAUCAGCUACGUUUUUAGGAAUUAUGGACCUGGGGUUCGGUUUAUCCGUUUCACUCAUGGAGGGGGAUGGUCUGGAAUACGGAUUACUAACAGUAGUGUGGAAAUCUGUCCAGCUGCAGAGAGGUUGAGAUGCACAAAACCUAACUUGCUUAAGAACCCCAGCGCGCAAGAUGGACUUCGAGGAUGGAAGAUUGUAGGUAGUGGACGUGACUGCUGGGUUAUAGGAGAAAAUCGGAAGCCAAUUCCAGACUCGGUCACCAGCUGUUUCAUAACAUCUUAUGGGCUGUGUUUGAAGCGACAGCUGAUUGACUUAAACAAAGAAGGCUACAGUGAUACUUUCAUGGAUCAAGUGCAACCUCAUAUCAAAAUAUCAGACUGGUAUGCCUCAUGCCAUGACUGUGGAAGUGAGUAUCAGAUCUGUGUAGAGUUGCUUGAUCAGAGGAAAAACCCCAUCAAAACCUUUCAGCCUGAGAAAGUUAUAUUGUCAUUUUGGAAUGGUGAGCCGUGGUGUGAAAUGAGCCACGUGUUUAAGAAUUAUGGACCUGGGGUUCGUUUUAUCCGUUUCACUCAUGGUGGAAACGAUACACAGUUCUGGGCAGGUCAUUAUGGAAUACGGGUCACUAACAGUAGUGUGGUGAUAUAUCCUGCUGAUGAGAGUUUCAGACUCACAAAUCGUAACUUGCUCAAGAAUCCCAGCGCUCAAGAGGGACUUCAAGGUUGGGAGAUUGUAGAAGAUGGAGGUGACCGCUGGGUGACUGGAGGUAACAGGACAACAUUUCCGGUCAACACAUGUUUUGUGACGUCUUAUGGUUUAUGUUUGAAGGAGCAGACGAUUGAUCUGAAGGAAGAAGGCUACAGUGAUGCUUUAAUGGAUCAACAGCAACCUCAUAUCAAAAUAUCAGACUGGUAUGCCCCACUCUCUGAUUGUGGAAGUGAGUAUCAGAUCUGUGUAGAGCUGCUUGAUGAGAAGAAGAAACCCAUCAGUACCUUUCAGCCUGAGAAAGUUUUCUUUCAACAGGGGACAUUUUAUCCAUGGCGUCAAAUGUUCCACGUCUUCAGGAAUUACGGACCUGGAGUUCGGUUUAUCCGUUUCACUCAUGGUGGGAAGGAUACUAAAUUUCAGAAAGGCCAACAUGGAAUAAAGGUCACUAAUAGUAGUGUGGAGAUUUAUUUAACUGAUUAGAGUGUUUUCCAGAUUUAAAUUCAUCACCUGCAAAAGUGACCUUCAAGUGAUGAACUGUAGUGAUGCAAUAUGCUUUAAGGAUAUCUUAUAUACCGCUACAUAGCUCUAUAGCAAAUAUAUUAUUUUACAUUAAAUGUUGUAUGUUACACUGUUAAAAUGAAAGACCUUAGUUAAACUGCUCAUCAUAUAAUCAAGUACAAUAAACAUCUCAAAGUUACUAUGUGUGCUCAUACAAAUUAAUUUCUAAAAAUUAUACACUUGGUGACAGUGUUGAGUACUCAAGACUCAAACUUUGUCUUGAUGUUAGCGUAAGGAUGUAGGCAGCAGGACUCAGGUCAGGAUGUCUCAUGAAUUUAACACAUUAACUUUUUAAAAAUACAUCAUCUAUUAUUCAGUUUGCAUAUAAGAGCCACAAAGAGUUUGUGUGCAGUAAGACUCUACAAAAAGAAACAUUCUGUGAUAUGUUGUCUUUUUAAUCUUAACUGCUCAUAUUUUUUAAACCUAUAUCAAGUAAAUAAAAUACAGUGUACAUGCCAUUCUAUAUUU